CGUUCCUACACGUGUCUUACUGACUUGAUGUCUAGAAGGACCUGCCCGUUUUUUUUAAACAAGGAUAUUUAGAUAUAGACCUCUUGGGAACUUUCCUACGUUUGCUGUCCUUUUGCUUUUUAGCAGAUUCCCACCUUGUUCUUGUUUACCUCGUUGACCUCGUUCACCUCGGCUUCGUCGGUCGUCGCAAACGGUCGUCUUCUUCCGGUUUACGGUUACGAUUUUCUCACACCAGCGUUUUGCAGUCGACGACCAUCUCUCAUCGCCGCUAAAUUAUACCUCAUGAGUCCUAUUCGUGUCUCUCUUCUUGCGACGCUCUUGUUUGGGUCACAGUCGCUGGCAGCUCCGACAUAUCCUCACAUUGUUGUUACAUCUGCUACCUCCUCACAAGUUGCACUCUACUUGGAACCCGAGUUUGAUAUUACUCGACACUUGGGAACAAAAGGUGCAUACCCGAUUCGGAAUGAUGAGGCACAUCAGGAUGAGGUGAAUGGAUGUGCACUCGCCCACGUUCAGAUGGUUGUGAGACAUGGUACCCGUGCGCCAACCUACGAAGAUAUUGUAUCUUUCAAUGAAUUGGAAGCAUUUGCACGUUCAGCGGAUUCUUGCCUGUCACCAGAGCAUGAGUGGAUUAGGUCAUGGAAAAAUCCGUUCAACUUGGAGGAUGAGGGUCUGCUCUCCAAAGCCGGAGAAGGAGAAGCAUAUCUGUUUGGAAAAAGGACGAUGCAACGUUACGAGAGUCUUUUAGCUAAUGUUCCCUACAACCCAAAUGUUUACCUAUUCAGUAGCUCUGGUCGCUCAAGGUCGGGACAGACGGGCAGCUCUUUUGCGGCGGGUCUGUUCACUCCACAAAAUGAGGAGGGCACAUGCCGGAACACUCCAAUCUACAUGACAACGUCCCCGCAAAAGAAGGACCAUAUUAUGAAUCCCCAAAAAUCGUGCUCUGCCUGGCGGAAACACGUGCAACGUGGACCUGCUCAUCGCGCAGAAAUGGAGGCGUUCAAGUCUGCUCGUUUGCCUCCCAUUGCUCGUCGACUUGCGGAAACUACUUGCUUGACUUUCAGCCCUGCAAAUGCGUUGGCAGCGUUCAAGGCCUGUGCCUUUGAAUGGUCGGUGUUUGGGAGACGGGAUGGAUGGUGUACCAUGUUCAACGAGGACGAGGUGGAAUGGUUGGAAUACGGCGAGGAUCUCGAUGACUGGUUGGAGAAUGGAUAUGGCCAUGAACUCAAUGGAAAGAUUGCUUGUCGUCUGGUCACUGAAAUUGUGCAAGGGCUGAAAGCCAGAUCUGAAGGAAACUCGCGGGUCAUUGCCGAUUUCAAAUUUGGUCAUUCCGAGACGCUACUUGCACUCGUCACCUCGCUGGGUCUUUUCAAAGACACCCAACGUCUAACAGGCAACGCUACUACUCCGCUACCGGAUCGCGUCUUUCGCACGUCCCACAUUGCACCUUUCAUGGCUAAUAUGGCUUUUGAGCUCCACCAAUGCUCCGGCUCGAAUAAGUUCAAGGUUCGUGCUCUUCUCAACGAACGGCCUAUCAUCCUCCCUGGGUGCACAGAAGAGGCUUGUGAUCUGGAUGUGUGGGAAGCUGCACUUGGCGAUCUCGUUGGGUGUGAUAUUGAUGCGGUCUGCGAAAAGAAAAAGAAGGGAAAGAAGGGCGGUUAUUGAGGAACCCCAUGAUGCUGGAUGAACUUUUUAUUUGUGCGAAGGUUGGAUACCCCAAAUUGAUAUGUCAUUGCGUUCAUAUUGUACUGUAAAUUAUCUCAAUACCUAUUAUGUCAUGUAUGUUGUCUUUAUCAUGUCUUAGAUUUUAAUACUAUAGUUUGUUCCAAA